AUGGCAUCGAUCUCCGUAAUAACUCGGCGGGCAAAGACNGUGGUGAAAUUUCGAAAUGAAUAUUAUAUGUUUGUGACACGUUCGAUGGGCUAUUGGCAUUCCACGGAUUUACUUACUUGGACAUUCAUCACACCUGAAAAAUGGUAUUUUCAAGGAUCGAACGCACCAGCUGCUCAUAAUUAUAAAGAUUUAGUUUUAUAUGUUGCCGGCGAUCCCUCCGGUUCGAUGAGUAUUCUCUACACCGACAAUCCGAAGAAAGGUGACUGGAAAGCAGUACCUCUCAUAUUGAGUGAUUUACAAGAUCCAGCACUCUUUAUCGACGAUGAUGAUAAGGCAUACAUGUUCUGGGGAUCAUCAAAUGUUUAUCCCCUUCGAGCACGAACAUUGGACAAGAAUGAUCUCUUUCGUCCGUCGAAACAAAUCUAUGAGCUGUUCAACCUAGACGGAAGCAAACAUGGAUGGGAACGUUUCGGUGAAAACCAUGGUGAUACCGUUAUUGAAGGAUACAUGGAAGGUGCUUGGUUAACUAAACACAACAAUACAUAUUAUAUGCAAUAUGCUGCUCCUGGUACAGAAUUCAAUGUCUACGGUGACGGUGUUUACAUGAGUAAAUCACCACUUGGACCAUAUCGUUAUGCACCAAACAACCCGGUGUCGUAUAAACCGGGUGGGUUUAUGAACGGCGCUGGACAUGGUAGUACAGUCGUAGGACCCGAGAAUAAACAUUGGCAUUUUGCGACGAUGGCUUUGUCUGUCAAUAUGAAUUGGGAACGGCGUAUAUGUAUGUUUCUAACAGGUUUCGACAAAGAGGGAUUGAUGUACACCGACACAACAUUUGGAGAUUACCCUCAUUAUGCACCAGCAGUUGCAGGAAAGAUGGGUACAUUUACUGGUUGGAUGUUGUUGUCUUAUAAGAAACCAGUUCAAGUGUCGUCCACCUACGAGAGAUAUCGAGGAGAACAUUUAGUUGAUGAAAAUGUGAAAACAUUUUGGGUAGCAGAAAAGAACGAUGGUCAACAAUGGAUUGAAAUUGAUUUGGUUAAUACGUCAACUGUCAAUGCGAUUCAGAUCAAUUAUCAUGAUUUUCAAUCGAAUAUAUUUGGCAAGAAGCCAGGAUUGUAUCAUCGUUAUUUUAUCGAAGCUUCGCUUGAUCGGAAAACUUGGUGGGUGUUAGUCGAUAGAAAAACAAGUUACAAAGAUGUACCUAAUGAUUAUAUUGAAAUAGGUACUCCUCGAAUGGUUCGAUAUGUUCGUUACAGAAACAUUCAUGUACCAACGCCAAGACUUGCAAUGUCGGACUUGCGAGUCUUCGGUCGUGGUAGAGGUCGAUCACCCAGAAAAGUAACAAAUUUAUUGGUGAGACGAUAUCAAGAUCGACGUGAUGCAAUAAUCACAUGGGAACAACAAACGAAUUGUCAAGGCUAUAACGUUCUUUGGGGUAUUGCUCCGAACAAAUUGUAUAGUUCAUGGUUGGUGCAACACAAUGGACCGUUCUACGCCAUUACUGCAUUCCAGUAUGGCAAAAUACAAUUGAAAUUAACCAAAACAUAUUUAGAUGUGAAAUUCCUUAAGAAAUGCAAACAACAUAAACUACUUCCAAAUUUUGUUCGAUUUCGAAUAGCACAAGUUUAUUCUCGCCAUCGACCCGUCGUCGAAAAUUGUUAUCAUCAAAUUUUAUCAAACGAAAUAAAAUUAAAAAAGAAAGAACUCUCGUAUUUCCAUCGACACUCAAGCAGAUUAAAAAGUGAUCUAAUGACCACACUUGAUCCUUUGCUUUAUUCACGUACAAUAACCAUUAUUCAAACUUUAGUAAAGUACAAAAAACGACAAUGGAUCCACACACACAACAAUAAAUUUAACCUUUUAUGUACCAAUGAUUUAAAAAAGAAACAACCACAAUCGAUAACUUCAAAUAAAUAUCCAAUAUCACCUGUUCAUAACUUAUCCGAACGACAAUUAACACAAGAUGAAUUAGAAGCACUCAGUGAAGGUUUGAAUUUUGUACCAGUUCCUAGACAACUCGAUGAAGAAACAUUCAUAAGCAAUAUUGAAAAUUGCUUUGUGCAAUUACUUGGACGAACGACAGACACAUAUGAUUAUGAAAACAAACUAGAAGAUGAACCUACUCAAUACAACUUAACAACUGAACAAUUAACUGCAGCUCAAAAAAUUCGUUCAGCAUGUGACAAAUUCACUGAUUCUACCUAUAGAGCUUUGAAAAGUCACCCCAGCAGCAAAAAACUCGAACGAACAUUAAAAAAUCUUGCAAAAGACAAGAAUAUCUACAUUACAAAAGCUGACAAAGGCAACGCUGUGGUAGUUAUGAAUAAAAACGAUUAUAUCGCAAAGAUGAACAUCAUUAUCAACGAUAAGAAGACAUUCCAAUUAUUAGAAACAGAUCCAACGCUGAAACAAGAAGAUAGACUCCUUCGAAAGUUAAAAACUCUCAAAGAAUCUGGCUUCAUAAACGAAAACCAAUACAAUCAAUGUCGGCCUGUGGGUUCGCAACCUGGUCGUAUUUAUGGACUACCUAAAGUCCAUAAAAACGGAACACCAUUACGGCCAAUACUAUCAGCAAAUGGCACUUUUAAUUAUAAACUAGCGAAAUGGCUAGUUACACAAUUAUCACAUCUCAGAGAACAUGAAACAAUAAUACAAGAUAGAUUUUCAUUUGUUAAAAAUUUACAUCAAUUAGAUAUUGAUAUGAACCAACACAAGUUAUUAUCCUACGAUGCAAUUAGUCUUUUUACGAACGUUCCUUUACAAAAAACAAUCGAAUUUAUCUUACAAGCAAAAUAUGGUGAUCACUGUGAAUGCAAAAUUGCUGAAACAACACAAAAAAGAAAGAAGAAGAAGAAACAAAAAUGCAAAAAUUGCAUAGAUAAAACUAAUCUCAAAUGGUUAUUAGAAGUUGCAACAGCUCAGACCCAUUUUCAUUUCAAUGGGAAUAUUUAUCUACAACACAAUGGUGUCAGCAUGGGAUCUCCGCUUGGACCACUCAUGGCCGAUAUUUUUCUCGUAAAUCUAGAGAAAAAAUUAAUGGAUGAACUCAAGGCCAACGGUGUUGAAUAUUAUCGUCGAUUUGUUGAUGAUACUUUUAUCAUUGCAAGAAAAGACGCCAAUGAAGAGAGAAUACAGACUAUUCUCAAUUCUUUUGACGAAGCUGUCAAAUUCACAUUUGAGUCCGCAAAUGAAAUGGAUCACUCCAUUUCGUUUCUAGAUGUUAAAAUUACACCAAGAUCAAUGAAAGCAUCAUCAUGGUUCGAUACAAACGUAUACCGCAAAGACACUUUCACAGGCUCCAUAUUAAAAUAUUCUUCUUUUGUACCGAUUGAAUACAAAAAAAAUGCAAUCUCAUCUAUGGCGUAUCGUGCUAUACAGAUAUGCUCAAACUAUCAUCUGAUUGAUCAAGAAUUAUCAACAAUAAUGGAAAUAAGUGUUGCAAAUGGUUAUCCAACCUCAUUUGUAAACAACAUCAUUGGAAAAACACUUAAUCGUUUCUUUGAAAAUCAAAAGAAACACUCAAACGUAACAGAUGAAAUUAACAAAUCAACCAACAAAUCCAUCAAUAAAGGAAACCAAAAACGUUCACCAAUACUCAUUGAUAUUCCUUACACAGGUCAACCAACACUCACACUAGGAAAAAAAUUGAUUAAUAUUGUUAAACAAGCAAGACCAGAUAUUGUGCUUCAACCUAUUCCAAGACCUGCUCCGAAAAUUCAAACAAUAUUUCCUCGUAAGGAUUCACUCGACAAAAAUCUACAAGCCAAUAUAGUUUAUAAAAUUGCUUGUAAAAAUUGUUCUGACGAAUACAUCGGAAAAACAUAUCGACAAGCCACUCGUAGACAUAUUGAACAUGGCGCAUCACCAACCGAAAUUCGAUCGCGUCAACAAAUACCGGACUUUCCAUUAUCACAACCAAAACUACUUCAUAACGAAGAAACAAGUCUACGACGGUCCGAACGAAAUACUAAAAAAAUUAUCAAUUAUAAAGAUAAAAACACAUCAUCCUCUGAUGAAACAAAUAUUGAUGAUAGACAGAUAACUACCGCUGUCAACACUGAAAAAAAUUCUGCUCUCCACAAACAUCAAACAGACACGGGUCACCAACUUGAUUGGGAAAUUUGGAAGAUUAUCAGCAAAGAUUCACACAAAUAUCGCCUACUCGUUCGUGAAUCACUUGCCAUCUUGAAGCAUAAACCAACACUUAAUCGCACGGUACAGAGCGUACCGUUAAUCAUCUACCCAUCUGGAAGAAUACAGAAGAAAGUCAAAAUGAAGUACCAACAUGACAGACGCAUACCCGGGUGA